AUGUCCAAGGUAUAUCUGUUCUCUCUAUAAAGCGCAAACAGCCAUCCAUCAUGCCACUGAAGAGAAACACAGGUCUCAUGAUACUGAUGCUGUGUACUCUGGCUCUGUGGGCCAAGUCAGUCAGUGCUGGCUCCAGCUUCCUCAGCCCCUCCCAGAAACCACAGGUAAGACAGGGUAAAGGGAAGCCCCCUCGAGUUGGUCGGCGAGACAUUGAGAGCUUUGCUGAGAUGUUUGAGGGUCCCCUUCACCAGGAAGACAAACACAAUACGAUCAAGGCUCCUUUUGAGAUGGGCAUCACCAUGAGUGAGGAGGAGUUCCAGGAGUAUGGUGCCGUGCUGCAGAAGAUCCUGCAGGACGUCCUGGGAGACACUGCCACUGCAGAAUGAUCACAACUUGGCAUCGACACGGAAUACAAAGAACCUCCAUUUCCUGUUCUCCACUUUCCUUUCUCAACUUGUCUUACACCCGAUUUACUGUGUGAACAUAGUUUGAAUUGUAAAAGAUGAAUAAAAUAACACUGCU